CCAACUGGAGCUAGAAAGCGGCUCGUCCUGGGACGGUACGAGGCUUGGGCCAAGCCGGGGGCUGGCGUUCUAACCUAUCGGUACCAUGGCUACAAGUGCUGUUCCAAGUGAAAACCUUCCCACGUACAAGUUGGUGGUGGUCGGAGAUGGGGGUGUGGGGAAGAGUGCCCUCACCAUUCAGUUUUUCCAGAAGAUCUUUGUGCCAGACUAUGAUCCAACAAUUGAAGACUCUUACCUGAAGCAUACGGAGAUAGAUGGGCAGUGGGCCAUUCUAGAUGUCCUGGACACGGCAGGCCAAGAAGAAUUCAGCGCAAUGAGAGAGCAGUACAUGAGGACGGGGGAUGGAUUCCUCAUAGUCUACUCAGUCACAGAUAAAGCCAGCUUCGAGCACGUGGACAGGUUCCACCAGCUCAUCCUCCGAGUCAAAGACAGGGAAUCUUUUCCAAUGAUCCUGGUGGCCAACAAAGUAGACUUAAUGCAUUUGCGAAAAAUCACCCGGGAGCAAGGAAAGGAAAUGGCAGCAAAGCACAAUAUUCCAUAUAUAGAAACCAGUGCAAAGGAUCCCCCAUUGAAUGUUGACAAAGCCUUCCAUGAUCUUGUUCGAGUAAUCAGGCAACAGGUCCCAGAGAAAAGUCAGAAGAAGAAGAGGAAGACCAAGUGGCGUGGGGACCGAGCAACCACUUCCCACAAACUCCAGUGUGUGAUUUUGUGACUGUCUCUCCCAUCUCAAUCCAUUCCAACUUGAACCUAAUUUGAAACUCAAAAGGAGGAAGCAGGGGGGAAGGAUCCAGCCUUGACGCCCUGUGCCACCUAACCGCAACGUAAUGUUUUGAGAACGGCAAUCCUUGCACAGAAGGACUCGACAGGGAGCAGAGCCUCAAAGGCAUUUUUGAAGCUCAGCCAAAAGGCUGCUUGACAAUCGGCACAGGGUGGUUUUAU